AUGUCUCUACCCUUUCCCAUCCGCCACACUGCCACCACGGUCCUCUCCAAUCCCAGAAUUACCUUCAUCUGCAUACAAUGCAGACAUGCCACACUCCUCCGACGGCCUAAGCGUCCAUACACCUUUACACAGCUAAUAACCCUCUCGGACGGCAGCACUUUCACCCACCGCACCACCUCCCCCCUGGCGGUCUACCGCUCAACACGCGACACGCGGAAUGCACCACUAUGGAAUCCGUCCAGCGAAAAGCUGCGAAACGUCGAGGAGGAUGAGGCAGGGCGGCUGGCGGCGUUUAGAAGCAAGUUUGGCCGGAGUUGGGAUGCAACGAGCACUGCCGGACCGGUUGCGGCAACGGCGGAUAUAUCUGCAACUGCUGCUGAGAACGCUGAGGUUAAUGCGACACAGGCCAAAGACACGACUGCGGAGGAGGUGGCGGAGUUUGAGUUUGAGGAAGAUGAAGAGGAGGAUAAUUUAUUGGAUUUGAUUAGCUCGUUUGGCCAGGCUGAGGGGGGUCAGGGGGCUCAGCCGGAGAAGCAGAAGGGGAAGAAGAAAUAA